CUAAGCGUACGACGAGCUCGUCCGACAAGUCAUCCACGAACGCGAUGGAUCGCCCAGAGGAGAAGGAGGUUCCAACUCCCUACGUGAUAUCUACCCACAUUGGCAAAGGAAGCUUCGCAGACGUUUACAAGGGAUAUCAUGGGGAGACACACCAACAGGUAGCGAUCAAGACAAUAAAGCGCGACGGACUUACAACCAAACUCCUGGACAACCUCAAGAGCGAAAUAGACAUUUUGAAAUCACUCUCGCACCGUCAUAUCACAAAGCUGCUCGACAUCGUCCGUGGAGAGUACCGUAUCUACCUGAUCAUGGAGUUCUGCUCCGGAGGCGACUUGACCAAUUACAUCAAGAAACGCGGCCGAGUGGAGGGAUUGGAAUACAUCCCUUCACCUGGAGCGGCUCCUCAGUACUAUUCACACCCACGGACCGGAGGGCUGAAUGAGAUUGUGGUACGGAGCUUCCUACGGCAGCUCGCGCGCGCGCUCAAGUUUCUUCGUACGCGUAACCUUGUCCAUCGUGAUAUCAAACCUCAGAACCUGCUUCUGAAUCCCGCCUCUCCCGAAGAGCUCGCCAGAGGACAUCCACUGGGAGUUCCGAUCCUGAAGGUCGCUGAUUUUGGAUUCGCUCGCUCGCUUCCCAACGCGAUGCUCGCGGAGACUCUUUGCGGUUCACCGUUGUACAUGGCGCCUGAGAUUCUCCGGUACGAGAAAUAUGACGCAAAAGCCGAUCUAUGGUCCGUCGGCGCUGUAUUGUACGAGAUGGCCGUCGGUCGCCCGCCCUUCCGCGCCCAGAACCACAUCGAACUUCAGAAGAAGAUUGAGCAGUCGCGCAACGGACCCAAAUUUCCUGACGAAGAUCCUCGAUAUCAAGUAAACGCGGACGGGAAACUCGUAGACGGCAAGGGCGAGGAAGUGCAGAGGGUACCCGACGAUGUGAAACAGCUCAUCAGGGGCCUGCUGAAGAAGCUGCCCGCGGAGCGACUAACGUUUGAGGAGUUCUUCAAGAGCACCGCGCUUGCGAAGAGCAAAUUCCCGCGACCAUCCAGAGAGCCAAGUCGGCAGGCUGAGCUUGAGGCGCAAGGGACGGACCCAAGCAUGCCGAACCAGCCUUGGCCGCAAGCGCCUGAACACCACAAGAUCAUUCCGCCGGAGGUUCUGGAUCCGCAUGCUGUCUUCCCUCCGUCCAAGUUCAAUUUCCGGAGGACCUCCAGUACGAGCACGCCCCAAGCUAUCCCACGGAGGAUCAGUCCCGGAUCUCAUUCGCCUGCUGGAAGCCCGCCUUCUCGCCCUAGUCCAUUGUCGCGGAGUCCAUACACGUCGCCGAGACGGAACGUCGUCGAGCUGCCGACAGUGGAAGAACACGAUGAUUCGGGACCGAAUACUAGACCGUUCAGCACCGAAGCCUCAAUUAUCGCCGGCGAGACUGAUGAAGAUGGUCAGCUCAGGAGGGAGUACGUUCUGGUUAGCGAUACCAGGGCCGUGGAGUUCAAUCGUGCCGUCGAUGAAAUAAACUCGGCUCGACGAGUACCUUUGCAUAGCAGACGGGUAUCGAUGCCACCGACACCAGACGGUAUCGACAUCCCGUCUACCAACGCCAACACGACUUUCCCACCUCCUCCAUCUGCUCAAUCUCCUGGACAUUAUCGCACGCUCUCUUCCUCUCCUACGGCUGCUGCCUCACGAGCAGCGACGAACGCUCUUUCCCGAGCGCUCAACCUCGCGUCGAAAAAGCUCUUCGGCAAUGGACCAAGGUCAUCACCUCCCACUAGGGACACGUUUGUUUUCCCGCCUUCGCCGAGGCGGACGCAGCUCAACGUGCCCAAAGAAGAAGAACGAGACCCCGCAGAAGAUUUGUUGCUGCAAGGUCUCGAAGAGCUUGCGCAGAAGACUGAUGUCCUCACCAACUGGGCCGACGAGUUAUACGAGUAUGUCAAGGCUAUACCUCAGAAGCCGUUGCCGGAUCCGAACAAGUUCGCACCUCGAUCAGGUGAAUCAGAACGCCAUGCCAAUAGGCGGAAGAUUGCGGACCAAGAGGCGGAGUCGAAUGCCAUCACGGCGGUUGCGGUGUAUAUGCUCGUCAUGUCCUUUGCCCAGAAGGGCAUCGACAAGCUGCGCGACUUCCAGGAACAUGCGCGCAUGCGCGAUCCUGAUGGAUCCUUUGCUGCCAGCGAAGGCUUCGAUGAGGCACUCGCAUGGUAUAAAGAUCGCUUCCUGAAAUGUGCCGAUCGAGUGGCGUUAGUCAAGACUUGGCUGCCGACACAUCAUGAAGGGCCAUCCGCCUAUCUGUACCCCCUUGUCUAUGAAAGGGCUUUGAUGCUGAGCCGAACUGCUGCUCGCAAGGAACUGCUCGAUCAACAAGUAGCACCUGACGAGUCCGAGAAGUUAUACGAGGAAUCUCUAUGGUGCCUCUACACCCUGAAGGACGAUCUUCUGCAAUCUGGCAAUCCGUUCAUGGACGAGGAUCGGUCCACCAUCGCUACUUGGAUCAAGCGCACCAAGCUCCGCCUUGUGCGAUGCCGGGCGCGGAUGGCCAUGCCGGAUCGCGAGCGUCUACAGGAUGCGCGUGCGGAUCAGAACCUUGAAGACGUGCAACGCAUACCUGCUCCUGCUUACGCGAUAUAAGAGACGCCCCUCACGCACGCGCAAUAUUUAUAUAGACUUAUCAUGGACAUAUUAUUUUUAUCACAAGGAUAUAGGUGUUGUAACGUUUAUCAAUGGUAAGGAUUUGCCGUCUUUCGCUUCUGCUUCUGCUUCUGCUUCCGCAUUGUAACAUUAUCCAUGGUUAUGUAUGUGUAAU